GUUGCAGGGCGAUAAUAUUUGAAGAGCCACACUUUCAAACGUUAAACAAUCCAAUUUAAAGACCCUAAAGCAAAGCAUGUGUUGUGCCCAUCAGCAACUUGCACCUUGACAACAGAUGGAGCAGAUAUGGUUACUCAGCCAUAGUCAUUCCCACAAGGAUUCAGAGGCUUAUGUGAGAAGAUAAUAGCAACAUAUUUGUGGCCUCCAGACUUCAAAUGAUUUUUGGUCUUCAAAUUUGCGAUGUGGUCACUGCUUCAGAAUGAGUUUCUUCAGAAAGGUUAGACUUCUUCUAUGGAAAAACUGGAUACUGCGAAAACGGCAAAAACUUCGUCUGCUGGUUGAACUUCUAUGGCCGGUUUCUUUAUUUCUUGUCUUGGUAUGGCUGAGGAAAGUUACUCCGAUCUACCAGAAACAUGAAUGUCACUUUCCAAAUAAAGCAAUGCCUUCUGCAGGAACUCUGCCAUGGUUACAGGGCAUCUUUUGUAACAUGAACAAUCCAUGUUUCAAAAGCCCCACCCGAGGAGAAUCUCCAGGUGUCGUCUCCAACUAUAAUAAUUCCAUUUUAGCAAGAGUAUAUCAAGAUGCUCAAGAGGUAUUGCUUGAAAUCAGGGAAAGAGACUUGGGUAGAUUCUGGGAAGAGCUACGAACCAUGACCCAGUUUAUGGAAACAAUGAGGACCAACCCUGAAAAGAUUGCAGGAAGAGGAAUACGAAUCCAGGAUAUCUUAAAAAACGGAGAGAAUCUAACCAAGUUUCUGCUUGAAGAUGCAGGCCUUUCCGAUACUGUAGUCUACCACCUAAUUAAUGCCGUAGUGCGAAUUGAGCAAUUUGCCUUCGGUGUCCCAGACUUGACUUUGAAAGAUAUAGCUUGCAGCCAGAAGUUGCUGAAUCGUUUUAUUAUCUUCCGGAGUUCAAGUGGCUUUCAGGCUGUGCAUAGAGCAAUGUGUGCCCUUUCCCAGGAGAACUUGCAAAGAGUUGAAGACUCCUUAUAUGCAAACGUGGACUUCUUUAAGCUUUUCCAUUUGCUUCCCACUGUUUGGGACAAUAAUGCCCAAGGUGUUGACAUUGUGCUCUGGGGCCGAGUAUUUUCUAAUAUAUCUCAAGCAGUGCAAAAGUUAAUUCAUAGGCCAAGCGCUCAGGUGCUUUUAUCAACACUCCAACCACUUCUUCAAGAAGGAGAGCCAGCAUCCUUACCACAGUUGUUGAGUAUUUUAUCCAACCUGUUCUGUGGUUACCCAGAGGGAGGCGGAUCCAGAAUACUCUCUCUAAACUGGUAUGAAGACAACAAUUACAAGGCCUUCCUUGGCAUCGACGCUAAAGCAAAGGACUCCGUUUAUUUUUACGACAACUCAACCACACUCUUUUGUAAUCAGUUGAUACAAACCAUGGAAUCAAACACUUUAACCAAAAUAAUUUGGAGAACUAUGAAACCAUUGCUGAUAGGGAAAAUCCUCUUUGCUCCUGAUUCGCCUGCGGUACAGAAGUUACUGAAGAAUGCAAAUUCUACAUUUGAACAACUGGAGCGCUUGACAUUCUUGACUAAGGCAUGGAAAGAAGUAGGACCUCAACUGUGGAAUUUCUUCAAUGACAGUGUACAAAUGAACAUGAUCCGAGACACUUUGCAAAAUCCUACUGUGAAAAGUUUCUUAAGUGAACAAGGUCUAAAUGUGGAAGAUGCUACCAAUUUUCUCUAUAAUGGACCCCCAGAGAAAAGGAAGGAUGGUGUGAGGAAUUUUGAUUGGAGGGAUAUCUUCAGAAUGGCCAAUCAGACUUUCCAUAUGGCUUACCAAUACCUGGAGUGCUUGACCCUUGAUAAGUUUGAAGGCCUAGCUGAUGAAACUGAGUUGAUUUUUCAUGCUCGCUCUCUUCUGGAGGAGAACAAAUUCUGGGCUGCUGUUGUCUUUCUUGACGUGGAUGAAAGGGCUGACCAACUGCCCCCUCACGUGAAAUACAAGAUACGCAUGGAUAUUGAUGCUGUGGAGAAAACGAACAAAAUCAAAGAUAGGUACUGGGAUCCUGGCCCACGAGCUGACCCAGUGGAUGAUCUGCGCUACAUCUGGGGAGGAUUUGCUUAUCUGCAAGAUAUGAUCGAGCAAGGGAUCAUCAAAACCCAUACCCAUGUUGAUGUGCCUUCAGGGAUAUACUUACAACAAAUGCCCUAUCCUUGCUUUGUAGAUGAUGUCUUCAUGAUUACUUUGAUUCGUGCCUUUCCCCUCUUAAUGGUGCUGGCUUGGAUCUACUCCGCUUCCAUGAUCGUGAAAAGCAUCGUGUUGGAGAAAGAACUAAGGCUGAAGGAAGCCUUGAAGAGCAGAGGAGUCACCAACGGGGUGAUUUGGUUCACGUGGUUCUUGGACAGCUUCCUCAUGAUGACCGCGAGCACCUUCCUCCUGACGGCUCUCAUUACGUAUGGCAAAGUGCUUCGGUACUGCAACCCGCAAGUUCUCUUUCUGUUCCUGUUAACCUUCGCCACGGCAAGCAUCAUGCAGUGUUUUCUGCUCAGCACCUUCUUCUCCAAGGCUAACCUGGCAGCUGCCUGCAGUGGAGUCAUCUAUUUUACCCUCUACCUGCCCCAUAUCCUCUGCUUCAUUUGGCAGGAUUGGCUGCCUCUUAAGAUUAAGAUCAUAGUGAGCUUCCUUUCACCUGUGGCUUUUGGGUUCGGUGCAGAAUACUUGUCACGCUAUGAAGAACAAGGACUUGGAUUACAGUGGAAUAAUAUCCGAAGUAGUCCACUGGAAGGAGAUAAAUACAGUUUCUUGUUGUCUAUGGUGAUAAUGGUUUUUGAUGGCUUUGUCUAUGGAUUGCUUGCUUGGUACUUGGAUAAUGUCUUCCCAGGUCAAGUCAGCGCCUUAAAUCCUAACUUCUCUUCAUGGGAAAAGGUUUGCCUGCCUCUCAUUUUAAAUGCAGGUUUUUUUCUUCUUGUGAAAAGCUGCUUCGUGGAGCUGAGGAAUCUUGAGAACAACAUAGGAUAUGGCUUUGAAGACCGAGACUAUGGAAUUCCUCGGUCUUGGAAUUUCCCUUUGCAACGAUCUUAUUGGUUUGGGUUAGGACACCCAAAGACCCAGCAAAUAACAACUGGCGAUGACCCAGGUGUCAUUGACAUAAAGGCUGAAGAUGAAGAGGUGAGAAAUAGCAUGGCUGCUGAGCCUGUCCUGGGAGAGCACAAGACUGACAGCCUGAGGCAGGAGGAUAGUAAAGAAAAGAAAUGUAAACACAAAGGGAAAAAAGACUGCAAGGAACAGGGGAAACCUGAGACCACAGAGGCAAAAGACAAAGAUCACAUUCCUACAAAUCCAUAUUUUGAAGUGGAGCCCUCUGGCUUAAAGCCUGGCGUGAGCAUCCAGAAUUUGGUGAAGAUCUACCCCAAUUGUUCCAAGCCAGCAGUGGAUGGAAUGACCGUUACCUUCUACGAGGGCCAAAUCACGGCUUUCUUGGGCCAGAAUGGUGCAGGAAAGACAACAGUUAUGUCUAUCAUCACAGGUCUCUUCCCACCUACAUCUGGAACAAUAUUGAUUGAUGGAAUGGACAACCAAAUACACAUCGAUUCCAUCCAGCAGAGUUUAGGCAUGUGCCCCCAAAACAACAUCUUGUUCAACCACCUUACUGUUUCAGAACACAUCCAGUUCUACGCCCAGUUGAAGGGAAGAAGCAAAGCAGAGGCCAAAUUGGAAACGGAAAAAAUCCUCGAAGACAUUGGCCUACCACAUAAAAGGAACGAAGAGGCUCAAAACCUGUCAGGGGGCAUGCAACGGAAACUAUCUAUCGCCAUUUCUUUUGUGGGUGAAGCAAAAGUAGUACUUCUAGAUGAGCCUACAUCUGGAGUGGAUCCCUACUCCAGACGCUCUAUUUGGGAUCUCCUUCUGAAAUAUCGCUCAGGCAGAACCAUCAUACUGUCUACCCAUCAUAUGGACGAGGCAGAUAUCCUUGGAGAUCGCAUUGCCAUCGUUUCCCGGGGAAAGCUGCACUGCUCUGGAUCACCUGUCUUUUUAAAGAACUCCUUUGGGUCAGGCUUCUAUCUCACCUUGGUUCGCAAGAGGAAAAGCGUGGAAAAUGGUCAAAAGGAUGUAGCCUCCUGUAGCCUAGGAUCCAGGUGUUCCUGUACCUGCUCCAGCUGCUGUGCCUCGGUGGACAAAGGGCAUACUGUUGAAGAGGAACUAGAAGGUAAUGUGAACGAACUAAAUGAGAUUGUCCACCAUCACGUUCCGGAAGCACAGUUAAUCGAAAACAUUGGCCAGGAACUCGUCUACCUUCUGCCAAAUAAGAAUUUUAAGGAGCGUGCCUAUUCCGGCCUUUUCAGAGAAUUAGAGGAAACCUUGGCUGACGUGGGACUCAGCAGUUUUGGGAUCUCAGAUACACCCCUUGAAGAGGUUUUCUUGAAGGUUACAGCCGAGGCUGACCUUGAAAUACCCAACACAGGAACCGACCAGGAGAAUGUUGCUGCGGGAGGCAAAGAAGGAACCCCGCAAAGAUCUUCAACAAACAGCUGUGCUUCUCUGGAUGGAGACAAGAGCGAUGGCAAAGGAUCUCGGCAAAAUAAAGGCGCCCAGCUUAUACUUCAGCAGAUCAACGCUCUUCUCAUCAAACGUUUCCAUCAUACCACCCGUAGUAUUAAAGACUUCUUGGCUCAGAUUGUUCUACCUGCUAGCUUUGUGUUGCUGGCUCUGAUAUUUACAGUCAUCAUCCCUCCAUUUGGUGAAUAUCCCAGUCUAACCCUCCACCCUUGGAUCUAUGGACAUCAAUUUACUUUCUUCAGCAAUGAACAGCCUGGCAGUGAACUUAUGGUUUCUCUUCGUGAUGCCUUUUUAAAGAAACCAGGAUUUGGAAAUCGGUGCUUGAAGAGUGAACCUCUUUAUAACUACUCUUGCAUUGCUACAUCAAUGGCCUGGAGGACACCAACUGUCCCUUAUCAUGUGUCUGCCCUUUUUCGGACUAAGACAUGGAGUCCUGACAACCCCUCACCUGCGUGUGAAUGCAGCACUAGGAAGAAACUCACUAUGCUGCCAGUGUGUCCACUAGGAGCAGGAGGUCUUCCUCCACCACAGAGGGUUCAACAUAGUACAGAAAUUCUUCAGGAUCUCACUUACCGAAAUAUUUCUGAUUUCUUGGUGAAAACAUAUCCCACCCUAAUAAGAAGCAGCUUAAAGAGUAAAUAUUGGGUCAAUGAGCAAAGAUAUGGAGGAAUUUCCAUUGGAGGGCAACUUCCACUACCACCUGUUACCGGAGAUAAAAUUAUUGAUUUUAUGAAAGACGUUGGUCGAAUGAUGAAUAUAACAGGGGGUGAAAUAACAAGGAUUGCUGCUAAAGAAAUGCCAACUUUUCUUAAAUAUAUGGAAACUGAGCACAAUAUUAAGGUGUGGUUUAACAAUAAAGGCUGGCAUGCUGUGGUCAGUUUUCUCAAUGUAGCCAACAAUGCAAUUCUCAGAGCCAAUCUCCAACAAAAUAAGGAUCCAGAAGAAUAUGGCAUAACUGCCAUUAACCAUCCACUGAACCUCACGAAGGAUCAGUUGUCUGAAAUCACUGUGCUAACCACCUCAAUAGAUGCCCUCGUGUCCAUCUGUGUGAUAUUCGCCAUGUCUUUCAUCCCAGCAAGCUUUGUCUUAUAUCUGAUCCAAGAACAAGUGGCGAAAACCAAGCAUCUCCAAUUUGUCAGUGGCGUGAGCCUUUUUAUUUACUGGUUCACCAACUUCCUUUGGGACCUAGUGAAUUAUAUAGUGAGUGCUGGCUUAGUGGUGGCAAUAUUCAUGAAUUUCAAAAAGAAAGCGUACACAUCGCCAACCAAUCUUCCUGCACUUAUAAUAUUGCUGUUGUUAUAUGGAUGGGCCAUAAUUCCUAUGAUGUACCCUGCAUCCCGCUAUUUUAACGUCCCUAGCACUGCCUAUGUUGUCUUGUCCUGCAUUAAUCUCUUCGUUGGUAUUAACACCAGUGCCAUUACAUUUAUUCUGGAUCUCUUUGAAAAUAAUGCUCCUCUCCUAGAAUUCAACCAAACAUUAAAAAAAAUAUUUUUGAUCUUUCCUCAUUUCUGCUUGGGUCGUGGACUCCUUGACUUAGCCAUAAACCAAGCUGUGACCGAUGUCUAUGCGCGUUUUGGAGAAGAACGUGCCUCGAAUCCAUUGUCCUGGGAUUUCGCUGGAAAAUACAUGUUAACCCUGGCAGUGCAGGGUGUGGUCUAUUUCAUUCUGAAUCUUCUUUUACAACGCCGUUUCUUGUCUACAAGAUGGUUUCUACAAAAUACUCUGGGACCUAUUAUGGAAGAAGAUGAGGAUGUUGCAGAAGAAAGGAAGCGAAUAAUGAAAGGAGACAGCCAAAGCUAUAUUUUGAAAUUGCACGAAUUGACUAAGAUAUAUGCAGGAAGACGUAUACCAGCAGUAGACAGACUCUGCGUGGGUGUUCGGCCAGGAGAGUGCUUUGGUCUCUUGGGUGUGAAUGGUGCUGGUAAGACCACAACGUUCAAAAUGCUGACUGGAGAUAUUAAAGUAACAUCAGGAGAUGCUGUUGUGGUUGGCCAUAGCAUAUUGACCCAAAUCUGGGAUGUUCACCAAAACAUGGGCUAUUGCCCACAAUUCGAUGCUAUUGAUGAACUACUGACAGGAAGAGAACAUUUGUUUCUCUAUGCCCGUCUCCGUGGUGUCCCAGAAGCUGAAGUUAAGAAGGUGGCAGAGUGGGGAAUUCAGAAACUUGGUCUGUCGCAAAAUGCAGAUCAGUUGGCAGGAACGUACAGUGGUGGCACCAAGCGGAAACUUUCCACUGCUAUUGCAUUGAUAGGUUGCCCUCCCUUAGUCCUGCUAGACGAACCAACUACGGGAAUGGACCCUCAGUCCCGACGCUUCUUAUGGAAUUCAAUUUUCAGUGUGAUCAGAGAUGGAAGAGCUGUGGUUCUUACCUCUCACAGCAUGGAAGAAUGUGAAGCGCUCUGUACGCGUAUAGCUAUCAUGGCUAAAGGCACCUUCAAAUGUCUGGGCACAAUCCAGGAACUCAAAUACAAAUAUGGAGAUGGCUACAUUGUUACCCUGAAAAUCAAGGCACCUAAACUUGGAUUACUUCCGGAUCUCAACCAAGUAGAACAAUUCAUGUGCCAGAACUUUCCAAGAGGGAUACAGAGAGAAAAACACUAUAACAUGCUGCAGUAUCAAAUAUGUACCUACUCAUUGGCCAAGAUCUUUAGGUUGAUUCUCUCCAACAAAGAGAACCUAAAUAUUGAGGAAUACUCUAUCUCACAAACGACCCUAGAUCAGGUUUUUGUGAAUUUUGCUAAACAGCAGAUGGAGGAUGAGGAGAUUCCUCUACACCCUCGUGCAGCUGGAGCUAAUAGAGAGAUGAAAGUGACUCCUGUUGUCUAUCGGCACAUAAGCAGAUAAAAGCUGUGUGGCAGCUACGCCAACAUUUCCAGUUGCUGAGAACUAGCCCUUGACAGCAAUCUUCCAAACUUUAAAGAAAGUGGAAUAACGUUACAGAUUCUUAGUAAGAACCAGAAAGGGGUGGGGGGGGGCAGUGAACCCUAAUCUGACAGAUGCAUCGCUUAUGGGUGAGAAUAGCCCACACUACCUGCUAUGUAUUGGCCAAACGUUACAGACAAAUGGGAAACUUUUAAUUUUUCAGUUAUCUUGGUUUACGGCAUUCUGACCAUUUUUAUUCAGGACAAACAUUUACGCCAGACCCACUUUGGACAGUUCAAAUCCUUAAAACAGCAGCUGUGAUGGUGCAGUGGUUAGAAUGCAGGACUGCUGCAGGCUACUUCUGCUGACUGCCAAUUGC